ACUCUACGAUGAUUGUGUUGUUGUUUAUCGAUGAGUUUGCGAGAGUAUGUGUCAAUUUUUUUUUUGCAGUUCUUAACAUUUGCUUUGCUUAUGUGUCUGUCACAGUGUGAGAGCGUUUAAGAUAUUGUUUGCGUAUUGAUUGAAGCUUGAUUUGAAACAGAAAAACGAAAAAAAAGAUAAAUUAAAAUCUUACUUGGUCAGUUGGGGUAACUUCUAGGGGUUUAUUCAUUAGCGAACAACGCUAGCGAUCAGUCGUCUAAACGGUAAUAAACAUUUUUAUAAGAAAUCUAAAUAAGAAAUUCUCUAAGCAUAAUCAAAAUAAAGUUAAUAUUAAAAAUAAAAGUGUUAAAAAGAAAUCAAAUCAAUUAAAUAAAUAACAAAAAGAAAGCGAAAAAGAAGCGUUUUAGAAAAUUUUCUAAAUUUUACAAGAAAAAUUCUUAAGAAAGUAAUUUGUGUGUAAAAAUUAUAUGUAAAAACACUUGAGAAAAUGAAAGAAUUCGGCAAGUUUUUUUCUCGACGCUAUAGUGCCGUAAACUGUGAUGAUGAACAACAGCAACAUAAUUCUAAUUCCAAUUCUAAUCAACAAGUAACAGUUUUAGCUGGUCUACAAAAUGUUAACUCAAUCAACUCAACUCCCCAGGAAAGACAUAAAAGUCUUCAGGCUCAACGUUCUAUGAAUCCCUGUGGCAUUUUAAAUUCAUUUUUUAAUGAGCGCAAAAAGAACCAUAGAGCACGAUCACCUACCUGUGCAUUUCUACUAUUAGCUGUGGGUAUUUUAGCAAUAUGUACUGCAGUUUUGGUAAAAAUAUUUCAUCCCUACGAUUUGAUAUUCAAAUGGAAACUAAUUAUGGCGGAAGAUGGUGAAAUUUUCAAUUUAUGGGCUCAACCUCCAGUGGAUUUGUAUAUUAAAGUAUAUUUGUUUAAUAUCACCAAUGCUGAAGCUUUUAUGGCUGGACGGGAGAAAAUGAAUGUUGAACAAGUGGGUCCUUAUGUCUACAAAGAACUUAUGACUCAUGAGAAUAUUACGUUUAACGACAACAAUACUGUUUCAACCAAUCCAAGUCAUCCUUUGGUGUGGCAAGAACAUUUGUCAGAAGGAAGACGAGAAGAUGAUGAAGUUGUAAUGGUUAAUAUAGCCAUGUUGGCCAUAUCACAUUUAACAGCCGACAAAUCGUUUUUCGUACGCAUUGGUUUAAAUAGUCUCUUUAUGACUCAGAAUUCGCAACCCAUUGUUCGUAUGACCGCCAGGGAGUUUAUGUUUGGUUAUGCCACCACCUUAACUACAUUGGGUAAUAAGUUCUUACCAAAUUGGAUACAUUUCGAUAAAGUGGGUCUCAUUGAUAGAAUGUACGAUUUUGAUAAUGAUUUUGAAACGUUCCAUACCGGAGUGCCUGAUCCAAGUAUUUCUGGUCUUUAUGCUACCUUUAUGGGUAAAAAGGAUUUGUCCCAUUGGAAGGGAGAUCACUGCAGUAAUAUUGAAAUGGCUUCGGAUGGUGUCAAGUUUCCUAGCUUUAUACAACCCAACGAUUCUCUAAAAUUCUUCAGAAAAAGCAUGUGCCGUCCCAUUAAUUUGUUUAGAAGCGAUGAAGAACGUGUAAAUGUGGGCAGUUUGUCUGGCUACAAAUAUGUGUUUGAAGAAAAUGCUUUGGAUAAUGGUCGCAUUAAUCCCGAAAACAAGUGUUAUUGUAGAAAUGGCUACUGUCAACCUAUUGGUUUAGUUGACGUCACUGAUUGUUAUUACGGUUUCCCUAUUUCAUUGAGUUUGCCACAUUUCAUGGAUGCUGAUCCUGGCCUACAGGAAAAUAUAACUGGUUUAAUACCCAACAAGGAAAAACAUUCAUCAGAAUUUAUAGUACAACCGGAAUCUGGCUUACCUUUGUCGUUGUCGGUUAAAGUACAAAUCAAUAUGCACUUCCAUGAUUUGUCUGCCUAUAGCCGUGUUAAACGUUUUAACCACUUAACCGUGCCCAUGUUAUGGUUUGAAAUUAUGUUGCCUAAACUACCCGAUAGUCUAGAUAAUAAAUUCAACUUUUACAUCAAUUAUUUGCCCUAUAUUGAACCUAUAGGCUUUUGGGGAGGUCUACUAGCCGGCCUCUCUCUACUCAUCUACGCUAUUACACGAGCCACUUUAAAAAUGUCUUCGUUGGCGAAAAAUUCUCAUCUCUUGGAGUUGAACUAUGGUCGUGCCAAUCUUUUACAGAUCAAUCAGAAUGGUGUAUACAAGCCUUGCGAAUUGAAAUUGUUGGAAAAAAAUGAAAAAUCAAACAUCAUCUUAAGUAAUAGCGGCCAUGAAUCAAGCGAUUUGUAUACAGAACUACAACCGACACUCUCCAAACUCCCCAAUAAUAUACGUGCUAAAAGAGGUUCAUUUGCUUUGGAACUAGAGCCAGCUCUAGAAUCUAGUACUGAUUCUAGUUCCUGUGAUGAGGGCAAUGACAGUGAUACCGCCACUUUGACUUUAAGUCGUAACUCAUCAUCAUCGUGUUGCCAUGGCAAUAACAAUUAUUGCGUCAACGAACUAAAGACAGACAGUUCAAAUUCCAAUACAACAACCGAUGAAGAUGACGAUGAUGAUGACGAGGGAGAACAACAGAUUGCCCUUAGCAGUAAUAGUAGCGGCUAUAGAACUUCAACAUCGGAAUCGAAUGGUGAUUCAUUGAAUUUACAAGUUCCCACAAACUCAACAACGCCAAUAAAAUUAACAGCAACAAGUAUUCAAAAAUGAAUACAGGUUACAUUUAAUAAGCUGAAUAUUAGUUGAAUUUAACAAAUUUUCACUUAUACAUACAUCUAAUCUAACAAAAACAUAUCUAAUGUAUAAGACUUUAUUUUAGCACUAAACAAAAAUAAUGGUUAUUUAUACAUAAAUAGAUAAACAAACAAGCAUUUCAUAUAUACAUUAAUACAUCAAGAAAUGAAAGAAAAAAAAAACGAUAUACUGUGAUAAAUUACAAAUAUUCUUCACUUUAUCAUCUUUUUUUUAAGCACAAAUUAUUGUAUGAAUUUUUCGUGGAUUUAUGGGGUCUUUUAAACUUAUAAAGGUUAUGUCUUCUAGUAUUCUUUGUAAUUUUAAUAAAUUCAAAAAAGGCAAAACAAGAUAAAGGGUUAUUAGUGUUUUGCAAUUUUAGCUCAUACUCGUACUAACUACGUUUUAUGUUUUUAAGUUGUCAUAUAUUUUUUAAACAUAAAUAAUCAUAAUCAUUUUUAUAACAAUUAUUAUCAGUAAAUUUCCAUCAAUCAAUCAAACAUACUACCUCUGUGAGGUUUUAACCAAAUGUUCAUAAAAUUAUAUAUUUAUAUAUAUUUUUUAUUUUAAUAUUAAACUACAUAUUCUAAAUUAUUUACAAAAAAAAAUCACAAUAGAUUUUAAACUAUUCAUUUAUUAUAUAUAAAUAUUUAUUAUUAAAGUAAUGCUGUGAUUUUGAGUCUUAUUACCACCAUUUAAUUUAAAACAAUUUGUCAAUUAUUCAUAUAAAAGAAAUUGUAUAAUGUUUUUUAUGCUGAAACGUAUGUACAUUUGCUGAAAAAAGAAGAAAUUGUAAAAUAUUGUAUUAAAUUAAGCGAUUGCUUUUUUUAUCAAAAAAAGUCUUUAAAUGUAUUGCUAAUUUUAUAAUAGAAUUUACAUAUGUAAUUAUAAUUUUUUUUAUAAUUUAGCGCAUGGUAAUAGAGUUAAUUAUUUAAUAAAAAUAUAAGAAAAAAUUUCAACAAAAUAUUUAAAAA